AUGGCCUCGCAGAACACGGACCCCGCGGCGGUGGCCGCCCGCAACCCCCGCAAGGCGGCCGAGCCCGGCGGCGGCGCAGCCCGCGGCUCGGUCCGCAGCAGGCUGCAGCAGGAGCUGAUGACGCUGACGAUGUCCGGCGAUAGAGGGAUCUCGGCCUUCCCCGAGUCGGACAGCCUCUUCAAGUGGAUCGGGACCGUCGACGGAGCCGCCGGGACGGUGUACGAAGACCUGCGAUACAAGCUGUCUUUGGAAUUCCCCAGUGGGUACCCCUACAAUGCCCCCUCCGUGAAGUUCCUCACCCCUUGCUACCACCCCAACGUGGACUUGCAGGGCAACAUUUGCCUGGACAUCCUCAAGGACCAGUGGUCAGCCCUCUACGACGUCCGGACCAUCCUGCUGUCCAUCCAGAGCCUGCUGGCGGAGCCCAACAUCGAAAGCCCCCUGAACACAGACGCAGCGGAGCUGUGGAAGAACCAAGCAGCCUACAAGAAACGUCUUCAUGAGUCCUACGCAAAGCAGGUGAAAAGCCAGGAUCCCUGACCGGGGCC